UAAUUUUGGAACCGGAAGCGGGUCCGGUGUUUGUGUUUGUCCGAUACUGCCGAUAGGCCUACUGCAGGUCGUUUGUUGUCGGCUUUCCUACCGUACCUGGGGAGCUAAGAUGACAGGAUGAGGCCGUUGAUGGUGUUGUGUUGUACUCUGGCACUACUGCUGUUGUUUGAAGUUUCAACAGAGGCCGGAGGAGUUAUUUAUAACUUCAAACGCUACACUUACAAAAAGAAACAACAUGAUAAGAAGUACAGAAACGCCAAAACAGUGUGUGAGGUGAAGAGCGAGUGCCUACGACAACAUGGUGUAGAACAGACAGCCUGUGUGCGCCAGUGUAUAUCCAAGUUCUGCUACAGCGAGUUGUAUGGCCAUGACGCACUAGAGGAAGGUGAGAUCGAUGUGCGUCUGAAUUCAUUCAAAGGAUGUUUGGCCCAGGAGAAGAGAUCUUCCAUAUAUGAUGAAUCCGUCAAUCAUCAGCCCUUGUGAUCCAUGCAAAAACAAUUCCCAUAAACUUUUUUUGGUCGCUUAAGUUUUCGAUUAUUAUAAAUGAAUGUCUUAAAUUAAUUUCUUGCUCUUUCACAGAAUUUCAUGUACCAUAUCUUGUUUAAAUUAGUGAGAAUGGAAAACUACUUCAGCAGACAGCAUCACAUAAUCAUUCUACCCUUGUGUGUUUUUUAACACAUUUUGUGGAAAUAUAAAAACAACUCUUUUGAUUGUUUGUAUAGAUGUUUUAUUUCAUAUGUAUGUAAAAUAUCCAUACUAGGUAUGUAGCAAUAGAAAAGUAUGAUUUGUUUUUCCUUGUUAGAGAUACAUGCAUAUUGUAUUGUGAUAAUUUAAAAACAAGAGAGAAAAUGAACACUGGUAUGGAAAUUAAACAUGUUAAUAUUAGCUUGGUGAGAUAUGAUCCCUUCUCUGAACCAUUAAGAUUCUUUUCAUGAUAAAUUGAAGGCUUGCUGCUAUUCACUUUAAAGCAUUACUAUGAAAUCAGAAGUUUGCAAAAUAAUUUUUGCUUCAAUCAUCUUGUAUCAUCCGCAAAGUGGAGCAUAAUACACUUCUGAUUCUGUCUGAGAAAAUCCAAGGCUGCAAAGACGUGUGUUUGUGUCAGAGCGCAACUCUUUCAAGUUGGUUUGUGAUAAGAACUGUAAACUGGAUCUGAAUUAUGUAAUUGAAAUCAUCAUCAGAAAUGAUGUCACUCGCCAUUUCUAGCAUUUACUUGUUAAUGAGUUGCUGUGUGUUUUGAGUGUAAAACUGAAUGUCAGGGAAAAAGAGUGAUAGAAAGAAACAAAGAAAUGUUAACGAAACAGUGUUAGUAUGUAAUAGUGGAAAUAUAAAGUUUUGUACUUUUGCGGAAACAAAGAUUAAAAAUUUGG